UUUCCAAUGGGCCAAUCAAACCACAUGGUUCAAGGAAAGUCACAGAAGGUCCAAGGAAGAGCGGUUUUGCAGCCUAACUACAAACUAAACGUAUUUGUUAUUUGAGUUUAUUCCAUAGAGAUGAAUAGUGUUGGAGAGGGCUGCACGGAUCUCAAAAGGGAAUAUGAUCAGUGCUUUAAUCGUUGGUUUGCCGAGAAGUUCCUGAAGGGAGAUCGAAGCGGUGAUCCGUGUACUGACAUGUUCAAGAAAUAUCAAAUUUGUGUCCAGAAGGCGAUCAAGGAAAAGGACAUUCCGAUUGAUGGCGUGGAAUUCAUGGGACCAAACAAGGAGAAACCAGACAGCUGACGGGGGGGAAACGUUGGGACUGAGACGAAUAACCCAAUUCUCUUUGCCUUGCCAUUCUCUGCGCAUGCCAUGGAAGACCUGAUGCCCAUCCCUGUCAUCAUUUAGCUCAAGCAGGGAGCCAAGUUGAACCAGCCACUAACCAGCUUUCAGUGUGAGGGAUAAAGUGCCGAACACCAGUGGGGAGUAGUAUGUGUGAGAAAAAUGUAAGUAUGAUUUAGAGAAACUGACAAAAGGAUUCCGUGGUAAUUCAGAUAUGCCUGGAAAAGACCUGGAACUCCUAUGGUCUUUUGUUACUUUUUAAUGCUUUUAUUUAACAUCUGGCACACGUUGUGAAGUAUGCUCAAACAUGACUUUUCUUCUCUGGAAGCACAAAUGGCUGUAGUAAUGACGACUAAGCUGCUAGUCUAUAAACAUGACUGAAGUCUGCCACUUAAUGUUGAUGUACCCAUUCGUAGGGAUCAUUGUUGAACACAAUUUGGUUAACAUGCAAAUACUAGAUUUAUUUUUAUUUUCUAACUUUGAUUUUUUUUAUGUAGUCGCUUAAUUAAAUUAUGGAUGAUUGUUUGAUGCAUUGAUACAAUUUGCAAUUAAACAACCCUGUUUGCCAUCUCUGAUCUGAGUGACCUGUUUGAAAAAAUAAAUGUCAAUAUUUCUAAUGA